UUUUUUGAUCUACCAUCUCGAAUAAGUAGUUGGUAUUGGCCUCCUUCACUCCAAUCCGAAUCGACUAUCUAAAAUCAUCAUUCGCUGGCUUACACCUCGUGCUAGGUAAAUGAAUGAAUGAGUGAAUGUAUCUGUUGGCACAGCGUUAGAGGAUAGAUGGCUGUGUGAUCACGACAUUCUAAUAUCUUCUUGUUCAUGCAGUUUUCUAGGAUUACAAGAUAACUGUGGAUCUAUGGUUGAUAUGGAGGAGUAGAAGUGAAAAGUUUAUUUUUGGAAGUAGAGAUACGCUAGCUACUUAACUGGAGUUUUUCUCACUCUCUUCGUUUUUGGUUUAAUUGUGCAAUAUUCAUCUGUUGUUUUGUGUGCAUGUCGAUACGUUUUUGGUAGUAGUACCGUGAUUGAUGCAGCCUUCACAAGUAGAUUCAAUUUCGCCCUCUCGCUCCUCGCUUGUGUAAAAAACAAAGAAAGUAGUCUAACAAUAUUACACUUUAUUCCCCAGACCACGAAUUAUCUUUUAAAAGACACUGUUCCUUUACCUACUUUUUCUUCCCCUAUUUCUUACCAUAGAUACCCAAAAACUAGUUCCGCGAAAUGGUGUUAAUUCAUCCACCAAAAUCCAAGGCACGGGCCAGUGUCGGGCCGCAGCUGGAAAAGCUGGUCAGGACUAUGAACGAAGUUCAGCGCGCAAAGAAAGAAUUCCUUUCAAGAAGAGAAGGUACGGACAGAACUUUCUCACACAUUGGUGUUUGUCUUGGUAUGAAGAUGUUGGGUACCGUAUCAUCAUGGUCAUUCUUCGUCAGGUCUAAAAAAUUUCUUUCAAUUGCUACUGUUUCUUGCCGCCCAGCGCGGACAGCAUUUAUCACAAAUAAAAAUGCUUUUUUCGUUCUUCUUUUCGAAAGAGUUGGAGAAUUCUUGGUUCGUGAUUCAUUCAUCUUUUUGAUCACGAAACAAAUUACUUAACUAUGUAUAUUUAUAAGUAUAACUUUUCUUUUUCACCCCGCACAUCAGCCGCACGCCAGCGAAGAAGGCAGCCGCCUGAGUUUACUUUGUCAGCAGAAAAGCAAGAAGGUCUUGGUAAAUGCUUCGAACUUUGGUGCGAACCUGGACAAGCAGAGAUUCCAAGUAAAUUUGUCAUCAAGUUUUUCAGGGACAGCGGGAUCAUCGGGACGGACGAGAGCCAGGUACUAAUAAAGCUUGUCAAGAAUAAUCGUGUGGCACGCCCUACUCAAACUUGUUGUAGUAGCUAGUUUUUUUUCGAUACGAUCCCAUACUUUUAGCCAAGUCCUCCCUCUGCUCGUAUUUCUUGUCAAUUUAGAAAGCAGAGGGCUGCUGGUGACCUGGUAUUGCAGGGAUGUCGUGGACUGUUGACAACUACGACCAAAUGAUUAAGAUAGAAUGGAUGUCUCAUACGACCUCCUUCUUUGAUUUUCCCCAUACAGUUGCCGUCGGUUGACAUCGACUUGCUGUUUAACAAGCACAAGAAGCCAAAGGAGCGCAGAAUAUCGUUCACGGAGUUUGUGUAUAUGCUCGUUGACAUCGCGGCGAAGGUCGAUGUGGAACUGGAGACUUUAGUGGCGCACAUUUUAGAACAAGUUGGCGAGGGUCCAGACUUCCACAACGUAUCAGUGCAGCCAGGACUUGCAAGAGCGAAUCAUGAAGGGGGUAUUCAAUCGUGAUUCUGGUUGGGAAACUUUGUUCGCAGUAAUCUGGAUGUACAUGUAAUCGUCCUAGUCCGUUCUUAAUCACAUUCAUUGUAUCUGCAAGAAGAAGGAAUAAUUUACCUUUGCAUACUUGAAUUUAUGGAGUCUGUCUCGUCUAACUCUAAGACUAUGUAUCUAUGAAGUCAGCAUACUGCAGCCAUCUAGUAGCCAUUUUGGCUCAAGGCUUCGUCCUUGUUGCCCGUUACCUACCAACAGAGAGACCCAACCGCAUAGUUACUGCCUAGGAUCCAUUGUUCUGGUACAGCACGCAUGGCUGCGCUCAACAAAUCAAUCCACCAAUCAAUCCAUCAAUCAAUCAAUCAAUCAGAUCAUCAAUAACAAGAUCUUCCCUGAGCGGUUGGGUCUAUAAUGGGGCUAGUUUCAUUAGGUCUGACGCGACUUGUUCUAGGUGAUUACGAUCCCAAUGAGAUACUUGAAAAGCGCAAAAAGUGAGAUGAAUAAGAGUAGAAAAGUUAAGGCAACACAUAGUACAAAUAAACCAGCAUAAGAAAAGCAAACAAAAUGAAGGAAAAGCGCGUCUCCAGCUAAAUAAAAGGAAGAAAACUAAGCGAAUCCAAACCGAGCAAAGGCGACAAGGCGGGGCGGCAGUGGUCUUUUUUGCGAUUGGAAUGGGCAUCCAUUGCGCGCAAAGGCUGGAGCAUCCUGGUUUGGCCCAGAUGCCCUACCUGCGGAGAACGCUUACGAUGCUACCGAGGGGCGGAGACGUGAUGAGGGACCACUGAAAAUGACACAAAGACAAAGGAAAGAACACAAAAAGGGAGGGAAAAAAUGAAAGGGAAAAGGGAAGGAAAGAGCAUUUCCAAUUUAUCAGGAAUGAUAUAAAACAAUUUGUCGUGCUGCGACAUAAAACACAACUUGCACCACCUCACGCUAGGCACACUCAUUCACUCAUUCACUCAUUCACUCAUUCACUCACUCACUCAUUCACUCAUUCACUCAUUCACUCAUUCACUCAUUCACUCAUUCACUCAUUCACUCAUUCACUCACUCAUUCACUCAUUCACUCAUUCACUCAUUCACUCAUUCACUCACUCACUUACUCACUCACUCACUGUUGCACUUACAAUACAUUCUCGCCACAACCUGUAGAUCUGACGGGCCCGGAGAAGUUUUUCUACGAUAAGAGCACGUUUACGGGGACCUGGACCAACGGCGGGCCAAAGGCGAUUGACAGCACGCACGGCUAUUUGAAGGGCUUUCAGUCCUUGGUCCACCGAGAGCAUAUCCAAAAUGACCACGUGCAACGCAAGAAGGCGACCGACGCAUUUAGUCCGGCAACCCGUCGCAGUCAGGGGCUCGCCGAUGGGGGAUCGUCGCGCUCGAGCUUUAGCACCGGGACGCCUGGGAGCAGCACGGCGCAGUUGGUACAUGCCCACCAAGUGGUCGUCGCGCAGAGGAGUUCGUCCGGAGAGGAGGCAUCCUCAUCCUCCCGAGCGAGUGGCCGAAGGAGACGCUCUUCCGCGUCGAAGGGCAACAGCGGUGGACGGCGCAUCAGUACUAAUAGGAACAACGAGGAACAACAUGGGGGCCUCGUCGAAGAAGAUGAAGAAGACAGAAAUGACGCGUUGCGUGGACCGCUCAAAUUUGCAGAUCCUUCGACCUUCACGGGAACCUGGAGAAAAGGCGGACCACAGCAUGUGGAGCCCAAACCUCUGUUAUGGUCAGAUUUUAUCCAUCUAUCUCGGCAUCUUGGUGCUUCUUUACACUGACACUGUAUUCUCAUGAGAUACAAGGUCAAAGGGGUCAAGAUGAGGGGGCCGAGAUGAAUAGAAGCCGACUCUAACUUUGAACUUCCGCCCAUCGGGGCGAACGAGCAGCACCGGUGACGCAUCGUCCACGAAACCUGUUAGGCAGUCAAAACGAGGCACUUCUACUGAUUUUUAGUUGUUACUUUAUACCCGCUGCCUCAACUCCCUCCUCUUGCACGAAUAUCAGGGUUUCUAAUCGGGUUUGGAGCUCUUUAUAAAAUCAUACAGUUGCUACUUUUUGUUUUUAGAGAAAAUCAGCGGACUUCAAAGAAGUUGUUUUUCGUCGUCGGUCGUUCUCGCUUUUCUGUGCUCAGCUACAGCUGACUUUCUUUCGCAGAGUUUUAAGAUUAAUAAUCUUACUUCAGCAUGCAUCUUCCACAAUUUCAGAAACGGACGCUUCAAAGGGACCAGAACGGUUUUAUUACGAUAAGAAGACGUACACAGGGAGCUGGAAGAACGGUGGCCCAGAUGCCGGUCAGCGCACAAGCCAAGGAUACCACGACUUCUCAUCCCUAGUUCACAGAGAUCACGUGCAGGAUGAUCACAAUAACCGAAGGAAGAGCACGAGGUCAUCCAAGAGCUCCGUCGCUGCCUCGACGUCAUAGAAAAGAGGAUCAAGGAGAUGGGAACUGAAACUUACUCAUUGAUACUCGCUUUGCGAUAGGACACUCGGAGCUCUCAUACCGUAAGACAAGGUUUUUCGUUAAAGUUCUCAUGUGUUGGUACUUUUCUCGUCGUGAAUCAUGACGAGUUCGAAAUUAAUACUUUGUUGAGGUUUUGAUCAUGUUUGGGCUCGUUGUGAAGGUGGGGCUCGUUGUGUCAGGUGCCGGUGGGGCUCGUUGUGAAGGAUCCAUAACCUAACCUAAUCUUUGAAGGUGGAUAUAUCGCAAGAUCGCUUCGGAAUUAGAUGAAACUGCGUAGCUGGUUCCCAUUCUUUUUGAAAAUUUGUUUUAGUCUGUAACUAUAAAUCUCAAGAAGUACGCAGUACUAGGUAGUUGGUGAUGUCUUCUUUUUCUAAUAUGGCAGUCGUGAAAGCAAUGAAUAGAUUGAUAUGAGUCGUGAAAGCAAUGAAUAGCUUAGGAGAAAUUCGCUUAAAGAGGGCAUGAGGAUUCAGCUUUGUUUCUCUAGCUGUGGUUGGUGGUCGUGGGCUCAACCCGUCAACAUGUUUGAUUCGUUGUGUAUUGUGUAUGAAAAUCGCCGAAGCAAGCAGCAUCUUCAUCCCAUCGACAGUUUCAAGAUACUUAUAUCUGGGAAACUGACUAUGACAUCAAAAACCGGACGAUUUGCAAUGUGAUGAAACGCGCCUCCAACAGUGCGAACAGACACCACAUGGGAAGGAAGACACUAACUAAAAAGAAAGAUGAAAAGAUGAUGGUCAGCUACCUUGCGGCAAGUCGAGUACAUUAUGUAUGAUUAGUUGAACGUUUUACGGAUAUUCAUAUUACAAUACAAUUAUGCUGAUGCAAACUAGUUGUUACUACAGUUAGUCGUGAUGUGUGUAGUAACAAAAUAGUAGUAGUAGCAGUAGUAGUAGUACUAGUAGUUUUUUUUCGUUUUUUGAUGUUAGUAUCGUUGUCUGAUUAAGUAGAAGAUCCGAGAAUGCUUUUUUUCAUGUAUAUGGGCAGAUACGUUUUUCCAAGAACACGUAACUAAAUAUAACCAAUGAAUGUCUAGAUUGCAAGUUCAAGAGAAUGAGCUUAUAACACAAAGUGAAAAUAUGCGCAACCAACUUACCAAGAUGAAGAUUAUUAGAUAAUGACUGCUAAAAUGAAUGAUUAGAUAAUGACUUCUGCUGUUUAAGAGUAAGAAUUUCGUAGUACGACGGAACUCGCAUGUACCGAUAUGCAGUUAUAGUAAGUACUUCUGCAAACGACCCUUCUCUUGGGCUGCGGUUUCCAGACAGAUGAAGCGGUGAAUCGACAAGAAUGUUGGUCCUAUGUAUGCGAAAGACUUGGACGAGAGCGAGCUGAUACGCAAAGGUGUGAAGUUGGUACAUCUACAUGACUAUGAACAAACAAAAUUCAUCUGUAAUCCGAGGUAAUCCGAGGAGGCUAUCUUCGCGGAGCAUGGCCCGUUAAGAAUCUGUAGUUUUGAGGGCAAGAGUGCUGUUCUUCAUAUCGUUUCUUAAUAACUGUUACAAGUUGAUGUCAUUUUUAUUGGAGGUAAUUUACAUUAACAAUUUAUGAACGAAGAAAGGUUGUUAGUUCGUG